CCUCAUCCUUUCGUGUCGAGGAAGCCAACGUUACAAACUUUGUAAAGAUAUAGUGGGGAAGUAAAGAAAAAUAUAUAAAGUUGGUUGAACAGUCUCAAAGUGAAGAAUAUAAGAAGGUUGAAAAGGCUCUCAUUUAUCCCAGUGAAAGCAUUACACAGAGCAGAGGGGGGUGUUCUCAAAAGAAACAUCUAAGGGAAGAAGAAGAGGAGCAGCUUGGUAGAAACAGAGGAAAAUGGAUGUAAUAAAGACACAGCAGAUCUCUGCAAGACCAAUUGAGAAAGUGGUAGUGCACCCCCUGGUAUUAUUGAGCAUCGUGGAUAAUUAUAACAGAGUGGCAAGGGACACUCGCAAAAGAGUCAUCGGUGUGCUUCUCGGAACAACAUUCCGUGGAACAGUAGAUGUCACUAACAGCUAUGCAGUGCCUUUUGAAGAGGAUGAUAAGGAUCCAAGCAUUUGGUUUCUGGACCAUAAUUAUCAUGAAUCUAUGUUUGAAAUGUUCAAGAGGAUUAAUGCAAAGGAACAUGUGGUAGGAUGGUAUAGCACUGGUCCUAAGCUUCGGGAGAAUGACUUGGAUGUGCAUGAGUUGUUCCAUGAUUAUGUGCCGAAUCCAGUGCUGGUGAUUAUCGAUGUCCAGCCAAAGGAGUUAGGGAUCCCCACUAAAGCCUAUUAUGCCGUUGAGGAAGUCAAAGAGAAUGCGACACAGAAAAGCCAAAAGGUGUUUGUACAUGUGCAAUCAGAGAUUGCUGCUCAUGAAGUUGAGGAAAUAGGUGUAGAGCAUUUGUUAAGGGAUGUCAAGGACACUACUAUCAGCACACUUGCAACAGAGGUUAGUGGAAAAUUGACAGCCCUGAAGGGUUUAGAGGCUCGAUUGAGAGAGAUACAUGGAUAUUUGGAUCUUGUUGUUGAUGGGAGGCUUCCACUUAACCAUGAAAUUCUGUACCAUCUGCAGGAUGUAUUCAAUCUGCUGCCGAACUUGAACGUUAAUGAGUUAGUAAAGGCUUUUGCAGUGAAAACAAAUGACAUGAUGCUGGUUAUUUAUCUGUCAUCUCUUAUUCGGAGUGUCAUUGCUAUGCAUAAUCUCAUAAACAACAAGAUACUGAACAAGGAACAUGAGAAACUUGCAGACGCAUCAUCUUCAGCAAUAACAGCUGCAGCAGGGAGCUAAAUUCAUGGUUAUAAGUGCUUGCAUCUUAUUAGGAAUGUAGAUUGUAGCUGGAUUCUUUCCGGAGCUUGCCUGUUGCAGCUCAAAAUGAAUGAGCCUGUACGGAAGUUUUGUGUACUCACAUCUUAUAUGCUUAAACUAGGUGUAUGUCUAACAAUUUUUAAGCUUACGGUGUUUUAGUCCAGCUGCAGUUCGGAGUUAUUAAACAUUGCUCUUGUUUGGAUCUAUUGAUGGGCAACCAUUCCUUCCAGUUUGCAAUAUAACAAUUAAAAAAUUCUUAGUUCAUUCUAAAUCUGCUGUAACGUUUGUAUUUGACAUGUCAAGUAAAGCGAGUUUAAUGAAACAAGUAUUUCGUUGGUGACAA